CGUCCCUAUUCUCCUCCUCCUCCUCCCUCCCUCCCAAACAGAAGCAGAGAGAGGCUAAAUUUAUAUGGAGAACUAUUCCUCUUACCCUUCCUACCCGGAGUCCGGCGACUCCUCUCCCCGUUCCCGUGAAAUCGAGUUCGAGAACCCUCCAUGGGACGACCCCAACCAGCCUCUCCCUCCCAGUUUCAAGGUCAAGUUCAUGUGCAGCUACGCCGGCAAAAUCCAGCCCCGCCCCCACGACAACCAGCUCACUUACGUCGGCGGCGAGACCAAAAUCCUCUCCGUCGAGCGCGCCGUCAAAUACUCCCUCUUUGUCUCUAAGCUCGCGUCGCUCUGCGAUUUCGAUGCUGUCUCCUUCAAGUACCAGCUCCCCGGAGAGGAUCUCGAUGCUCUGAUCUCCGUCACCACCGACGACGACCUCGAGCACAUGAUGCACGAGUACGAUCGACUCUACAGGGCUUCCCCCAAGCCGGCCAGGCUCCGCCUCUUCAUCUUCCCGUCGAAUCUCCCCGCGAUGACCCCGAACCGGAGUUUCGGGUCCGAUGAUGUGAAAUCUGACAAGGAUAGGUUCGUGGAUGCGUUGAAUUCCGGCCCGGUUCAGACGAAUCCUGCCCCGCCUGCGGCUGCGCUCCAAGCGGGAAACGCGGAUUUUCUGUUUGGAUCUGAGAAAGGGGUGCCGUCGCCGCAUCAGGUGAAGGUCAAGGGACCGGAGAUCCGGCCCGCGGCGGGAUUGGAUGACAGGAUGAUGAUGAUGGGAUCGGAUCCGAUCCAGAAACAUAUACAGGAUCUGCAGAGGUUGCAGCUGGAAGAGCAACAGCAGCAACUGUAUCGACAGAGGGGUGAUGAUAAUCUCUCUCCGCCGUACGCCGGCGGCGACUACUAUCUACCCGCGAAGAAUCCGGAUAAAAUGACUCAGAUGAAUGUUCCGGCGGGUCCGGUGAAUCCCCAUCUAGGGUACUGGACGGAGAAGCAAAUACCCGGAGGAAUGAUGCAGCCGAGCAGCGCCGGGCCUGAUCAUCCCUUCUACAUGAUUCCCGCAUCGGCGGCGAGCCCGUUUCACCCACAAAUGGUGAGGCAAAUGCCCGGGCCCACGCCUCAGGCGUACUACGCCGUGCAGAGGAUGCCACCGGAGGCGUACCGGGACCCGACGGUGUACAAUGUCAUGCACAGCGUAGCUCCGACGGCGCAACCGGGUCUGCCUGCCCAGAAGGUCCCGGCGUACCCCGAUGGAUACGGGAUGGUGAGGCCGACGGCAAACACGGGCCCAGUCGGGAUGGGGAUGACAACGGAGCCCAGCUACUCCCAAGUGGCGUACGACAGCGGGGUGGGGAGACCGGUGUACUACGCGCAGGGAGGUGUGGUGGCGCCGCCGCCAGCACCCCAAACGCAAUACCAAGCGGCAAUGGCGGCGCCGGCGACAGUCAGCCCGGAAAUAAGGCCGUCAGUGGUCCCCCUGAAUCAAGAUUCCGGUAAGGUCGUUCCAAAACCUGCACAGAGUUCCGUGUGAUCCUCGACGGAGACAAAGCAUCCAUAUCCAUAACUAUCCGUAUAAUAAUGCUCGAUCUGGAUCGGGUUAGCCAUUAUCUUCAUCUUCGAAUAUCAAUUUCUCUGUAAAUUAAAGUCCAUAUCUAACGAAAGAGCUCUGAUUUGUUCUGCGAUUGGCUACGGGUGGAAGUUGUAUUUUAAGAUUAAUUAAAGGAAAUAAAAUGUGAUCCUCUGAAUCUCAUUU